AAAACUCAUUGGACGAGAUCAACAGUUUGACUGGUUUGCUGGGUAUCUUGUCGUUCACUUCCUGUCUUCCCAAGAUCAAUAUGUUGUACAAAAUCACAUACGUUAUUGUUGGUUCCUCGAGACUUUUGAGAUUCUGAUUUUUAUGGCUAGUUGGUGAAUACAGUUCACGUCGAUUGUUUUCGUUCGAGUCUUCCUAUUCGAUGGCCUUAUGAAAUCUCUGUUUAACAAAAAAAAAAAAAAAAAAAGGGUCCAACCAGCAAUAGUUAUUAUUUAUUUUCAAAUCUUCCACCCUACUGCACUAAAAAAAACCACAAUUUAUUUUAAUUAUUUAUUACUAUUAUUAUUUUGAAAAAAGAAGACCGCUUCCUAUCUCUCGCAAACCCUCGUGAAAAGAGGGCGUCACAAACCCUCGCUUUCUCACUCUCUUGCUGUUUCCUACCCAACCUCCCUCAAUCUUCCUCAGUCUCCCGAUCUUGCACUGGGCCAGACGGGUUAAGCCGUGGGUUUGUUCACUUGGAGAUGUCAGAAAAAAAGCCUAUCAUUGGCCUCUCUUGGGAGCCAAAGCUGCCAGCCUCUUCAUCGGGGAUCAGAACUAAAGCUUGUGACAAAUCAAAUACUCAAGCAGAAAACGGUCUUGUUUGGAAAACCAAUUCAGAGCUUGUAGAUGGGUUGUUUGUUCCACCAAACAACCCAAAAAAGCUGAACAAGUUAUUGAGAAAGCAAGUUCGCGACACGGCUGGGAGGAAUUGGUUUGACAUGCCAGCACAAACCAUGACCCCUGAAGUGGAAAAAGAUUUGCGCUUGUUGAAGCUGAGGAGUGUCAUUGAUCCCAAGAGACACUACAAGAAGGGUGAUUCAAAAUCAAAAACACUUCCCAAAUAUUUCCAGGUGGGAACUGUGGUUGAGUCUUCUUUGGACUUCUUCUCGGGUAGAUUAACAAAGAAGGAAAGGAAAGCAACGCUUGCAGACGAACUGCUAUCCGACCAGGCCCUCACUCAGUACAGAAAACGCAAAGUUCAAGAAAUUGAAGAGCAGAAUCGACCUGCUGGCAAUGAUAAAUGGAAAAUAAGGGGUCGUCAUUCUCGAAAACGAGCAAAGGAUAGGAGGAACUAGUUAAGUUCCCUCAAAUUUUUGACGUGUAAGCCAGAUAAAUACAGCAGGAUCAAAAACCAAGUUAGGUGGGGGCUGUGACCCAGUGUGAUACAGAAGUAUGUGAAUUCAUGAUUAGUACUGCCGGCUCAACAUGAUUUAUGGGCUAGAUAAAGUCCUCCAAAUGUUCCUCCCCCUAUUGAAUUGAUGAUCUGUAAUAGGAGUAGAAAUGUUCUUCAGGUUUUUUAUUCAACCUGUAACUGAGAAAUUAUGCUUAUCUGUCUCUAAGUGUAACAUAUUCUUGGAGAAAAAAGGUUUGGAAGAAAGUGCUUUUUGGGGAACGGACGUGCUGUCCAUAAACCAUGUAGAACUACGAACAUAGCUCAUUACUGACGUUUUGUUUUUAAAAGUGAAUUUUAUAGAGUUGAGAAGACAAAAGUUAAAUGGUAA